AUGACUGCAUCUCAGAUGCACAAGGUUGACGGAUACAUAGAGUUCUCAUAUGAAGAACUUUCUGAUGUUACAAACAACUUUAGUAUGGAGCAUAAAAUUGGGCAAGGGGGUUUUGGCUCUGUUUAUGCUGGGCUUAUAGGCGAGAAAGCUGCCAUAAAGAAAAUGGAUACAAAGUCAUCUCAAGAAUUCCUCGCUGAACUGAAGGCUUUGACACACGUCCAUCGCUCGAAUCUGGUUGGUGAUCUUAGAUUUUUCAGAGAUAAGGCCAAUUUGGAACUAAUCGUCUCUGUAUCUUAA